AUGAUUCAAGUUCUGAAUUACUGAGCACAUUUAUUGCAUAAAGCCAGCUUGAAAGUCGCCUAUAGUCCUUGCAAGCUCAAUCAAUAAAUACUGUCUCCUCAAAUAGCCAUAAUGAUCAUACACAUUUUCUUUAUACUUUAAAAUCCUUCCAAAUUUAUGUCAUAGCCACUUCCAGGCUUAAAGUGUUUAUGUAGUACAGGGAUCUCACUCACUCACUUGAAGGAUGGGAAGGAAACCCUGUUGUGACAAGAUGGGUAUGAAGAAGGGUCCUUGGACUGCUGAAGAGGAUGAGAUUCUUGUCAAUUAUAUCAACAAGAAUGGUGGCCAUGGAAGUUGGCGUUCUCUUCCCAAGUUAGCAGGUCUUCUUCGUUGUGGCAAGAGUUGUAGGCUAAGAUGGACCAACUACCUCAGACCAGAUAUUAAACGUGGUUCCUUCACUUUUGAGGAAGAAAAACUAAUCAUACAGCUUCAUGGUAUCCUUGGAAAUAGGUGGGCUGCUAUAGCCUCUCAGCUACCAGGAAGAACAGACAAUGAGAUCAAGAACUUAUGGAACACCCAUUUGAAGAAACGUCUCAUUUGCAUGGGCCUAGACCCUCAAACCCACCAGCCACUCUCCUCUUCAUGCAACCCUGAUGGCAAGGCCCAUGCAGCAUCCACCUCAACCCGCCACAUGGCCCAGUGGGAGAGUGCAAGGCUUGAAGCAGAGGCCAGGCUCUCAAGAGAGCCCUAUUUGUUCAACAACAACUCCAACAAAACUGACUCUGACUACUUCCUCAGAAUGUGGAACUCUGAAGUUGGACAAUCUUUUCGUGGUGUGCACAAAUCAGACAACAAAGGUAGCUGCCAAAGUCCCAUUUCUCUAGGGUCAUUGUCUGCUACCACCACCAUAGAUUUGGCUUCCAACCCUACAAGCAUUGUGAAAGAGGAUUUGGUGUGGGGUGGUAGCAAGAAAAUUGCCUCUGAUUCAUCAAGCUCUAGUGAACUAGAAGAAGACUCGUGUGACACUUCAUUGCAGCUCUUGUUAGACUUUCCUAUAAACAAUGACAUGAGCUUCUUAGAAUGAGGCACCAACCCUUAAGUGCAUGUAUCAUGUUGAUAUGCUGACAUGUAGGCUUUUAUUCGCUAUUUUGUAGACUUGGUAUAUCAGAAGAUGAACUAGUAACAAAUGACAUUGCGUAGAGUUUAAUGGAUAUGCUGUGUAAGCUAGUUCUUUGCUCAAUAUGGUUUCUAUAAAUUUCUCAGAUACAUGUUGAAAUAGACAACAAUGUUUUCGUUAACAUUGUUGAUUCAUUGGUGGUUUUUGAUUUGAUGGUGUAAUGUUUACACUAUAUAAAGACUUCAUGGAACAAAUGAAUAAAGAGCAUGUAACACUUCAUCUUAGCAGAAGAUCUGUUGCACAGACUUUCAUAAUAUUACAUUUUUCCAUUUCUUACACACAAACGACAUUUGAAAGCAAACAAGAAAAAUUAUAGACAAAAAUUAAUAAUUGCUAGGACAUGAUCAGACCAAAAAAACAACAAAAAAAAAAUGAAAAUUAAAA